UCUUGAAGGACCCUAAGUCGUAGCGCUUUUAAAAUACCGCCGAGGACAGACCAUUCCACGACGUUGCUGUACGAUGCAGGAAGUUUCGCACAAACCGCACGAUUGUUGAUUGCCAGCCAUCGAGAUGACAACUUCGGCAAAACCGUUGUUUAUUUCAAAUAAAAUCCUAACAUUGCCGUCGGUAGUCAUUUUCCAGGUGGCGAUAUUCACCCGACAGUGGAUUCGCGACUUUAAAACGCAAAAGGAACCCGGCGUCAGCAGUAUGCUGACUCGCGGGGCAGACAAGCUGGCUCCGUCGGCACACCGAUUAGCCAGGACGGAGAAGUCGACGCACGUCGUUGGGCCUGCAGUCUACAACCGGCUGCCGGACCACGUCACAGCGGCACCCAGCCUCACAUCAUUCAAAAAUAGAUUGAAAACAGUGCUUGUCGAGAGGGAUCUGUAUUUGUAUGAAGAAUUUUUAAGUAAACAUUUUUUUUUGUAAAUCGCUCUUAGACCUUGAAUUUAAAGAUUACCAAUAAAUAUUGCAUUGUAUUGUAAUUCUGCGCAGACGGAGUCGAGGGCGACGGCUAGUUAUAAUCACAAAUCGGUAUUGUAAGUGUGUAUGUAACUAUUCAAAGAUAUGUGUGAAGUCAACCAACCCGC